CAAUUUUUAUGAAAUUUAAUAAUAUGAGAUAUAAUAAAAUUUUCACGAUAUUUCCUAUAUGUUUAAUUUAUUUUUUGGUAAUUGCAAGUCCAAUAUCUUUACCUGAAUUUGACCUUGAAAAUAUUGAAAAAGCUGCAACAUCAGCUCCAACAACCUCGGCACCUUCCUCCUCAUCCUCAUCAUCACCAUCAGCAGCAAUAGCAGUAUUCACGAAUCCAUCAAAUAGUUCAACGGCGGUAACAGGUCAAAUAAAGUUUACUAAAACUUCACAGAAUAAAACAAAUGUUAGUGGUAAAUUAGAUUCAGGGAUAUUUGAUAAAGUAGCUGCAAAUUAUCAAUUUAAAAUUGUUGAUAGAUCAAAAAUAUUAAUAUAUGACUUAACAACCGAUGGUUUAAAUAAAUGGAGUGUUAACUCAACUGGUACUACUCCUUUUCAACAUGAUUUUGAUAAAUUACUUAUUAGUAAAAUUGUUGACCAAUUUUUUGAAAUAAGUCAUCAUAAAAAAGGUAUCGUUAGUAUGACGAUAGUAAAAUCUAUUUAAAGAAAGCAGAGGUUAUGGUAACAAAGGGUAUAUUAACAGUUUAAUGUAUUUAAUGUAUUUAAUGUUUUUUUUUGUAUUUAAUAUUUAUUUCUUCGAUAACUCGAUAAUUGGAUAUUGUAAAUAAAUUAUUUUAAUAAAAAACGUGUAUUUUUUUUCCGAGAC